AUGGGAGUGUCGACCAUAUCGAAUAUAGUGCUGGAAACAUGUGAGGUUAUAUGGGACAUAUUACAGCCAAUUGAGAUGUCAGAGCCCUCAACUAAUGAUUGGCUGGAUAUUGCAUCAGGAUAUUUUGAAAAGACCCAAUUUCCAAAUACAGUCGGGGCGGUUGAUGGAAAACACAUACGAUUCGAAUGCCCCAAAAAUAGUGGGUCUUUGUAUUACAAUUACAAAAAUUUUUUUUCACUUAUACUUAUGGCUAUUUGCGACUCAAAUUAUUGUUUUCGCAUCAUUAAUGUUGGAUCUUACGGCAAAGAAAGUGACUGUAAUGUUUUCAAGAUGUCACCGUUUGGUAAGAAGUUAUAUUCAGACAAAGUAAACUUUCCUCCCGAACGAUGUCUACCUGGGGAUGAUCAAGGUGUACCACAACCAUUUAUACUCGUGGCUGACGAGGCCUUUGCUCUGAAUAAAAAUUUAUUGCGACCGUUUCCUGGCAGAACACUAAAUGACGAACGACGAAUUUUCAAUUAUCGUUUGUCAAGAGCCCGUCAGUACAUUGAGUGUUCGUUUGGAAUCUUAUCAAAGAAAUGGAGAAUUUUUCAAACGAGUAUGUUGGUUGAACCAAAUUUUGCGGUCAAAAUAACCAAAGCCUGUUGUGUUUUACACAAUUUUGUGAGACGCCGUGAUUGGUUUAAUUUUGAGGAUAGCUUGAAUUGUGGGAUGGAUAGCGUAACUGAAAGGAGAGGAGUUGGUAACGCUCAGACAAAUGCGAAGGAUGUCAGGGAGUAUUUUGUGAGUUAUGUUAACCACCCAAACCACGCGCUUAGCUGGCAAAAUAAAAUUAUUGGUAAAUAA